AUGGAUGCUGAAGCACUUCAAUGCAACAUCUGUCCGAAACGGGCUCGAUUCAGCGAUGUGUCUCACUUGUUGACCCACGUCUCAUCGAAGGCCCAUCUUUCCCAUUACUUCAAACUUCAAGUGCGAAGCCAUCAAGAAAUUGAAGCCAGGAACCUCCUCGAUGAAUACGACAAAUGGUACAAGGCCAACAACUUGGCCAAACUGCUUUCUGAUCGGAUGGCAUCGAAGGAGGCUCGCAAAAGAAGGUCUCAUGGAAAUACGCUUGCACUUGCUACAUCGUCGACUGCUCGACGGGGCGCUGGACCAACAGAUACGCCUAGGGCUAUCUGCCCUCCAUCUCAUCAACCUUUACCUGCGUUCCUUGACCCACGCCUUUCUGACCCUUAUCUGAACGGCGAACCCGAUGUGAGGAGCGGUAAUGCUUCUCUUUCCAGUCAUGAUGAAACGUCAGCUGUAUCUUCGGUUCCUGACCCUCAGUUUCAUGUCCGAACAGGCUAUACCCUGCAUUCGAACGAUCCGCGCCAAGAGCUUGCACCAAACCAGUGUAAACAGGAACCUGGCUCUGAAUCCGAAGAGGAGGGUGUCUCCAACACGCAAAUCACGCCGAGCCGGUCGAUGAAAAGAGAAAGCAGAUCUGGUAACAAUCUGCAACCGCUGACCAGCAGCUCCAUCGAUGACGACCCCUUUGUUGACGACAAUGGAAGCUUUGAUUACAUCAGGCUAGUCGGAGGUGACAAAGAGAGGGCGGACGAAAUGACAAGACUGAAGGGAGUGCUGUGGCCUGGCAUGGAUAUUUUUGACUCUGCCACAGAGCAGAUGAGGCGUAAACGCAACCAGAAGAAAGACGAAAGCAUACUUAAGAUGAUGGAAAAGACCUCCAUGUGUGUGGAGCCCACGGAACUCGUGUUUUCGCCAACAGGCAUCCUGCGAAAGCAACGUGUUAUAUCAGGCAACGUUGAAGACAGCAGUCCCCUCAAGGGAGAGACUCCGAUCCCUAAAAGACGAGCCACUCGCCCGAAGCGUGCACUUUCCCAAGUUGACUCCAAUGUUCCACGUGGACAGGAUCGGAAAAGGAGCAAGAAAGCUGCGAAACGCACGGCUAUCAGGCGCGAAGACGGCUUGGUGAGAUAUGACUCUCAGGCUUCGGGGAAUCCUGGGGCUCGGUUGCCAUAUAAAUACGGCAUUAAUCUCCACUCCUCUUAUGGAGAUGAAACGGAAGAAUUCAGCCUGGCGGUGAAUGGGCUCGACUCCAGAGCUCGAACUGGGUUCACAGUUUUCCACGACGAAUCUAGCCAGCACAUAUCCAGCUACGAUGAGCCAUAUCUGCGCUAUGGAGUAUCAAGUCCUUCUCGAGAAACUCUUUCUCGGCGUGGAGCAACAGCUGAAAGGGGAGUUAACCGAUUUUCGAACAAUAAGGCUCCAUUACCUUCGGGAAGGCUCGCUCAUGCUUCUGCAGAGAAAGAAAACAUCGACCCUAUGCUAGACGCUCACAGCCGUGGUAAAUCCCCUCUACUGUGGCAAUCGUCGAUUAGCUUGCAGCACGCAGGCGAUACAGGUUAUGCACCGCAGUAUUUCUUCGAAGGAGCCCAAAGCAACGGACUGAGUCCUUUUGAGAGUCAUGGCUUCUACGCCGGAUAUACGUUCAACCCCUUGGUUAUCUCAGCCCCUAAGCUGCCCACUGAGAACCCAAUAUUUGAUGCUAAUAGUCGUAAUCCCUCCCGAUUGCACUCUACGACACGCUCUACAUCGCCCGAGGCGACUAUAUCAGACAUUGAGGAAGACGACUUUGAGCAACUCUACUUGGACACGAGUUCUCUCUAG